AUGUUGUAAUAUGAUACAGACUUCGGCAAAAUUUUUUACUGUAUCUAUACACUUCAUAAAAGCCAAUUGAUUUGCUUAGAUCGAAAGUCCAAACUAAAGGGUUUUAUACUUUAUUCACAAUAGAUAUGCUUAUUACAUUCGAUGAUAAAAUGAUGGCUUUAUUAACUAGUCUCCCCUAAUUAAAUGAACACUAAGUUUAAGAACAUCUUCUCCUGAUUGCUGAUUCUUAAUAAGAUUCUAAUCCAAAUAUCGAUUUCGAAUUAUCUGAAGAAAACUUCUCUAUCAAGUCUUCUCAUACCUAACAAUAGUAAACAAGGGCUCUCAAACCAAAAUAAAUUAUUAUCGAAAAAAGCACUUUUAAAUUAGUUAAUAAAACAUAAUUACAAUAUACUGCAAGAUCUUCUAAAAGAACAGCCACAUAAAAACUAACAUGA